CCUUUGACAAUGUUCGACGAAGAUUUUAUGAGGUUAUGUAAUGUUUUUGUUUUUAAUUUUUUCCAAUUUCUGUUUGGAGUGUUUGAAAUAAAAUAUAAAAAUAAUGCUCACGAGAAGAAUUAUCCAUGGUAUCAUGAAAAAUAAUCUAAUGAAAGGUUGUUCAUGCAAUAUACAGUAUUCUGUUAGAAUGCGAGAUAUGUCCACAAAGAAAGAUGCUGAGGAAUCCAACACUGUGAAAUUGACUUCAUUGGGUGAAAUCAGGACUGAUGAGUCCAACUCUUCGAAAAUGAAUCCAUCAGGAGCAGGAAUCACAUCUAAAUAUAAAGUUUUCCAAGAUGAAGAUUCAGAAAUAAUUCUAGACCUAUAUGAAGAAAGACUAAAAUAUUCAAACUUGUUGGAGGAGGAAGAGCAGGAUGACAGUCCAUAUGAUGGCCUCAAUUAUGAACGGGGAAAGUCAGGUGUUUUUGAAAUAGAAGACCUAGUUGAUGUCCUCAAAAGAGAAAAUGCCAUAGACAUAUUUGUAGCAAAAGUGCCAAAUGAGAUUAAAUAUGUGAAUUUCAUAUGUAUUGUAAGUGGCAAAUCUCAAAGGCAUAUGCAAGCAAUAGCCCAAUUUGUUAGGAGAGUCUAUAAAAUGAAGAGGCACCAAGGUGAUAUAAUUCCCAAAUUAGAAGGAGAAAAUUCAAAGGACUGGAUGGCAUUGGAUUUAGGAAAUAUAGCUCUACACAUAUUUUCAAUGGAAGCCAGAAUAGUAUAUGAUUUAGACUCCCUGUGGGCACUCGGUUCUGAAUAUGAUAAUGAAUUCAAUAAACCAGAACCUGUAUCAGAAAUGUUGGAAUUGCAUUCUGUUUAUCUCAGUGAAUAUCAACCAGCAUCUUGAGGAUCAUAAUCUGUAUUGUUAGUCAUUGGAUCACCACCUGAAUUAGUCCAUAAUAAUUAUUAUUUAUAGUCAUAA